AUGAUGAAGCGCCCGAACUUCCUCGUCAUCGUCGCGGACGACCUUGGCUUUUCGGACGUGGGCGCAUAUGGCGGAGAGAUCAAGACCCCCAAUAUCGACAGACUUGCCAGGGGAGGAACCCGCUUCACUGACUUUCACGCUGCUUCUGCCUGCUCUCCCACGAGAUCGAUGCUGCUGAGCGGCACUGAUAAUCAUAUCGCCGGCUUGGGUUCGAUGGCCGAGGAUAUGCAGGACAACCAAAAGAACCAGCCAGGGUACGAAGGGUAUUUGAACGACCGAGUUGCUGCUUUGCCAGAAGUCCUUCAGGAUAACGGCUAUCACACCGUGAUGUCAGGAAAGUGGCACCUUGGCCUUACACCUGAUCGAUGGCCAUGUAGCAGAGGCUUUGAUCGUUCUUACACAUUACUCACUGGAGCCGCAAAUCACUUCGGCUGGGAACCUCAGCUCCAGGAGGCUGAGGAAAAGCCUUCUAUCAUGUCAAAGAUCAAUGUGUUCUAUGCAGAGGAUGAUCAGCAUAUCGCCCCAGAAGACUUGGGUGAAGAUUUCUAUUCCUCGGAAAGGUUCACCAGCAAACUCAUAGAGUACCUUUCGGACCGCUCACAAAAGCAAGAGACUAAAUCCAAGCCCUUCUUUGCGUAUCUCGCCUACAGCGCACCACAUUGGCCACUACAAGCCCCCGACCACGACAUUAUGGAUUACAGAGGCGUUUACGACGACGGCCCGGAAGUUCUCAGACAAAGGCGGCUAGCGAGGUUGAAGCACCUGGGUUUGAUUCCUGGUCAUACUGUUCCCCAUGACGUGGUUGCGGUUGGCGGCCAGAACCUAUCAAAAGACUGGAACACAUUGAACGCCGAAGAAAGGCGACUCUCCUCUCGGACCAUGGAGUGCUUUGCCGGCAUGGUACAGAAUAUGGACAGGCAAAUUGGACGUGUGCUUGACCACCUGGCAGAGACGGGUGAGCUAGAAGACACGGUAGUGCUGUUUAUGUCAGAUAACGGCGCUGAAGGGCUACUCCUCGAGGCUAUUCCCCUCAUUAAAGGCGAUGUGCACGAUCAUAUCGCCAAGUACUACGACAAUUCGCUGGAUAACAUGGGUAGGAAGAACUCUUUCGUCUGGUAUGGACCUCACUGGGCGUCAGCUGCGACAGCACCGAGCCGUUUAUACAAGCUUUUUACCACUGAGGGUGGUGUGAGGGUCCCGCUUAUACUCAACUAUCCGCGGCUGAGGACUACGCAAGGGGGGAUCGACAGUUCCUUCAGUACAGUGAUGGACAUUAUGCCAACCCUUCUGGAGCUCGCUGGUGUCCAUCAUCCGGGAACAAUGUAUAAAGGGCGGCCAAUCGUGCCGAUGCGCGGCAAGUCCUGGGUUCAGUAUCUGAGGGGCAUCAGGAAACAGAUCCACCCCGAUGACUUUGUCAUGGGCUGGGAACUUUACGGUAGACAGGCCAUCAGACAAGGCGACUAUAAAGCGGUUUACAUCCCUAAGCCGUAUGGACCGGAGAAGUGGCAGCUCUAUAACUUGAGAGAAGAUCCUGGAGAAACAAAUGACCUUGGGGAACUCAUGCCAAAGGUUUUGAAGGCUUUGCUAUUACAGUGGGACCGAUACUCAAUGGAAGUGGGAAUGGUUACAGGGGGGAGUAUGCCUUUUGUGAAGGCGGAGCUAUAA